AUGGUAGCACUCCAGAAUGUGGUUGUCGUAGGUGGCUCGUUUGUUGGCUGGUCAACAGCCCAAAAGCUGGCUGCGGCACUGCCGGCAACGCACCGCGUCCUGCUUGUUGAGCCGCACACCCACUUCCACCACCUCUUCGCCUUUCCCAGAUUUGCGGUUCUUCCAGGCGCAGAGCACAAAGGAUUUGUACCAUACACUGGCAUCUUUAGCAAACUCGAGCGACACCGCGUAAUUUGCGCACGCGCAGACCAGAUCGGCGACAACAACACGCUCAUUCUCGACCGAACAUGGGACGAAACAGGUUCCCGCGAGCUGCCCUUUGCAUACCUCGUCAUCGCAACAGGAUGCCAACUCACGCCCCCCGGUACCGUCCCGGCUGGUGUGGACGACAAGCUUGGUGGGGUCGCCUACUUCCAGGGCCUGCAGGCAGACGUCGCUGACGCACAACGCGUGUGCAUCGUCGGCGGCGGAGCGGUAGGGCUACAACUGGCAUUCGACCUCAAGGAGGUGUACCCAUCCAAGGACGUGACAGUUGUGCACUCGCGUGCGCAGACCAUGGUCCACUUCGACCCAGCACUCCAUGAGAUCGUCACUGCACGCUGCGCCGAGCUGGGCAUUGACCUCGUCCUCGGGUCGCGAGCCGUUGUGCCGUCUGGAGGCUUCCCGUCGGGCGUGGGUUCAGCCAACGUCGUGCUGUUGGACGGCAGGCAUGUUCCCUCCGACCUCGUGAUUGUCGCCACUGGCCAGACUCCCAACAAUGCCCUCGCUGCCGCAAUUCCUGACGCGAUCAACGAGGGUAAUGGUUUCCUGCGCGUCCUGCCUACACUGCAGCUGGACGCUGAGAGUUUUGAGAACGUCUACGCCGUGGGUGACAUUGCCGACACAGGAUCGCACAAAGCAGCUCGCCCUGGAAUGGAGCAGGCCAACAUCGUCGUGAAGAACAUUAUGGGUGCAAUUGGCGGCCACCAGCCCGCUGCAAGCUUUGAGAGAGCACCAGCGGCAAUCCACAUGACCCUUGGGCUUAGGAAGAACGUGUUGUUCGUCAACCCACCCAAGACUGGCGGCAAGCCGCGCAUCGUACACCGCGAAGACGGCCGUGAUGACAUGGGAGUCGAAAGGGUGUGGAAAUCGCGUGGUGUGGACGUCACCGAUGCCCAAGGUUUCUACCUAUAG